AAGUGAAUAUGAAGAUGUGGAGUGGUUUUUGCGUAGCAGCCGGAUUGCUCUUAUUUUUCAACCUGGCUGCUGUCGAUCUGGUGCCCCAAACGGACUACUGUAAAUUAAAAAACUGCCAAGCCGACAAGGAACUUUCGCAUAUUGGGUGCAAAAAUUCGGGGAAUUGGUCGUCACAGUGCGGAAAGGACCCAAAGAUCGUUUCCGUACCCCAGAAGUUACAGAAAUUCAUAUUGCACUACCACAACACAUAUCGGGAUAUUGUGGCCGGAGGCAAAUUCCACAGGUUACCUAAUGCAGCUCGCAUGCUCAAACUGAAGUGGGAUCGCGAUCUAUCGCAGUUGGCUGAGCUCCUCGUGAAGCGCUGUGAUCUCCAACCCACAAAACACUGCAUUUCUACGGAAGUAUUUUCCUCUCCGGGACACCAUGUGGUGUACAACAAGUUCAAGGCGAACGCGAACUCAUUCAGGAUAAUUAGAUCACAGCUGCAUGCCUGGUACGAUCAGUACAAGCACGUCUCUAUAGCGAGUUUAUUAGAUGGACUGUCAAGUGAUAACAAAGAAAUUGGACACUUUCUGAGGAUGAUGGUGGGCCCAAGUAACCGAAUGGGCUGUGCCAUCGCCAAGAUCGAAAAGGAUGGAUGGACCCACCAAUGGCUAUCCUGCCUAUACAGCUGUUCACCCAAGAAACACUCCCCGGUCUACGAGUACUCUGCCGAACCCGCAGCUUUUUGCACCACCGGGGUCGACGGUCAGUUCCAACACCUUUGCAAUGAAGCGGAGCCUGUGAAGGACUGCAAGCAUUCUGAUCUAUUCAAGGAAGUAAUAACUAACGAUACUGCAUCGAUUCUCAGGGGAAUGAUGAACAAGCAAGUCCAAUCCAGGACUUUGUGCGUGCUCUGUAGUACGUGCUGCACAGUGUUUAAUUGGGUGAAAAAUAAUUGGAGUACGGUAACGGCAGUAGGUGAUGCGUUGCUCGGUGGAGGUGGUGGGGGAGGAGGAGGUGGUGGAGGAGGAGGAGGAGGAGGAGGAGGAGGCGGUGGUGGAGGAGGAGGAGGAGGCGGUGGUGGAGGAGGA